AAUUUUAAUCGUCUUCGCUGCCAUUUGUAUUGGCAGUGCUACGCCGCGAGGCAAUCCGUGACGCGGAGACUGUGCCAGAGGGUCACAGUUGAUCCGUUUGUCAAGGCGCAAACAACUCCGGCAUCAGUGCCGCACCGACGCCAGCACAAUGGAGGAAAUCCGCAGUGGCUCGCGAGGCCGCUCCCGCUCGCCGCGCGGCCGGAGCCCGCCGAGAGGCCGCUCCCGCUCGCCGCCAAGGAGGAGCCGCAGCCCGCCGCGCGGCCGGAGCCCGCCGCGGGACCGCUCGCGGAGCCGGAGCCGCGGCCGGUCGCCGCCGCGCGGCCGCAGCCGCAGCCCGCCGCGCGACGGCCGCGAGCCGCCGUCGCCGCGCGAGCCGCGCGGCGAGGGCGAGGACGCCGAGCGCAAGCCGCGCGUGCCGCCCGAGGAGGAGGUCGGCCGCCAGGUCUACGUCGGCAACCUGAAUUUCAACACGGACAAGAAGAUGAUGGAGGACGCCGUGGGCGAGUACGGUAAAAUAAGAGACAUCUACAUGCCGGCGGAUAAUGAUGGGAGGCCCCGCGGCUUCUGCUUUGUGACCUUCGAGGAGAAGACCCAGGCCGAGGCCUGCGCCCUGGGCAUGAACGGCCGCGAGCUCGACGGGCGAGUGGUAAGGUGCAACAUCGCGCGGCCGCGGCCGACGCCGGACGAGCGCCGCCGCCGCCGCGACGACUACGACCGCCCGCGCGGCCGCCGGCCGCCGGACGGCCGCAUCUUCGUGGAAGGGCUGCCCGACGACAUCAAGGAGCGCGAGCUCGACGACCUCUUCUACCGGUACGGCCGCAUCGACUACAUCGAGAUCCGCCGCGACCGGCGGCGCCUGGAAGCGUGCAUCUGCUACUUCGACCGGCGCGACGCGGCCUACGCGGCGCGCGAGACGGACGGCAUGCGCUUCGAAAGGGACAAGCUCCGCGUGGACCUCGAGCGCUAG